CACAAACUAUGCUUCAGAAUCUGGCUGAACGCAUCAGAAAAGACAUUUCACUGGGGGCACAGAAACCCUUCAAGAAGGUGAUUGAUGUUAGCUCUGGUGAUCCCCACAGAGCUGAUUUACGACAUGUUUCAUUUCUUCGACAGGUCUUGGCAGUGUGUGUACACCCUCAGCUGCUGGAAGACAAAUGUUUUCCUCUGGAUGUCAAGAUAAGAGCUCAGAAACUCCUGGAGGCCUGUGAUGGAGCAAGUGUGGGUUCAUACACUGCAUCCUCUGGUCUUCGUCAUGUGAGGCAAAGCAUCGCUGAGUUCAUUAAGAGAAGAGAUGGAGUUCCUUCAUAUGCCCAAAACAUCUUUAUUUCUGCUGGCUCUCAAAGGGCUAUAAUGAUUGCCGUGAAGCUGUUGGCCAGUGGUGAGGGGAAUACUCGGACAGGCGUGCUGAUACCUGCACCCUGCCCACACAUGCUGUACAAUGUGCUAGAGGAGGCUGGGCUGGUCUUGGUACCGUACCAGCUGACAGAGGAGAAAGGGUGGGCUGUAGACCUGGACAAGUUGCAUCAAGCUUUAAAGGCUGCUCGGGGGAACUGUGAGCCCAGAGCUAUUUACAUCAGCAACCCGGGAAAUCCCACAGGUCAUGUGCAGGACAGGAAGUCAAUAGAGGAAGUGAUUCAGUUCGCAGCAGCUGAGAGACUCCUACUGUUAGCUGACGAGGUGUACCAGGACAGCGUGUAUGGGAAGGACAGAGAGUUUAUUUCUUAUAAGAAAGUCCUGUUUGAAAUGGAUAGAGAGCUUGCAGAAACAGUGCAGCUGAUCUCCUUCCACUCCAUAUCCAGUACCUGCAUCGGGGAGUGUGGUCUGAGGGCUGGAUACAUGGAGGUAGUUAAUAUGGAUCCAGAGGUGAUAUAUUAUUUUGAUAACACCUUGUGUGGUGAUAUCAGUACUCCAGUCACAGGACAGCUUGCUUUGGAUCUUAUGGUCAAUCCUCCACAACCUGGAGACUCAUCGUAUGACACAUACAUACAGGAGACCUUCUUCACCUUGGCUACUAUGUCCCGUAAUGCUCAAUUGGUUCACGAGCUCCUUAAUAAACUGCCGGGGGUAAGGUGUCAGCCAGCGCUUGGAGGAAUCUACGUUUUUCCUCGCCUGCACUUACCAUGUGGGAUUAAGGCGCAGGCCAAGUUACUGGGGCUGAAAGCUGAUGUUCUGUACUGUCAGAAAUUACUGGAGGAGGAGGGUGUAUUAGCUGGCGCAGGUGAACAUGGGGAAAUGACUGACAGCUUCCAUUUGAGAUUAUGCAUCCUAGUUCCUCAUGACACCCUGGUAGAGGUCCUAGCUCGCCUCGCCUCCUUUCACUGCCGUCUCAUGGAUGGCACUGUGACCCCAACAGCAGUGUAAAGAAAGAGAAGCAAGAAAAUAUUUCAAUGCAACUUAAAGUGCCCUGUGGAGGAGGAUGGCCUAAACUAAGUGUAAACUUGAGAUUGGUCAGAUUCAUGUGAGGUAUCUCAAGAGGAUAACUCAAAUAACUGUGUAUAUAACUAAAAUAAUAAUAAUAAUAUUUUUUUUUAGAAAGAUUUCAGUGUCAUUCUGCAGUAGUAACAUCUGCUUUGCAACAGUUCCAACAGUAAAGAAUUUAGCCAGAAACAACAUAAGCUAUAUUGAAGUUUUGACAUGAUGCUCAUGAUUCUCAGUAGUGAGCUUCUUCUUCUUCUUCUUUCGGCUGCUCCCUUAUUGUGUGUACUACAGUAAAUCAUUGGUGUCCAUCUCAUUCUGUCCUGGUCUCCUUCACAUGCAAUACACACAGAAAACCCUUCUUCUCUCUUUAUCUGGGCUUGGCACUAGGAGUAAAUUGGCUUGUGGCCCCCUGUGACUGGGUUGUGCAUGCUUCUAUUGAAAGAAAUCCCCUAAAGUUAAUGUUUUUAAUGCAAUGUUUUUAGACUGAAAAAAUAUGUCUUAGAAUUCGUAUAAAAAAUUUGAUUAAAGCAUAGGUGGAUGAUAUCAAACAACAAAUAAAACUGAUUUUUUGGUUUUCCAGUUAAUGUGAACAAAGCUAAAAGUGACGCUUUUAGAUGAAUUAUAAAUGUCUAGGUCUUCAUUGAUUCAUAUGUGUUGUGGAAAUCUGAAAUAAACUGAGGUGCA